AGGCAGAUCACAGUGCAGAAGACAAGAUUGGCAAAAUAGAAACGAGUUAACCACCUCCAGCCCCAAACACAGCACCACGCCCCGCUGUCUCCCUCCUCCUCCCCCGCGGAAGCCGCCGCGCGCGUCCUCCCUUCCCCGCGCCAUUCGUCUCCGCCGCGCCCUCCUCCGACGAGAACGUCGUCAUCGUCUGUGUCACUGAGCCGGGAGUGGUGGGGAGAUCAGAUCCAUGCUCACUCACUCGGGGUUGAUUUGUUUAGCUGGCGAUCGGCGCUAGUCCGCUUGGAUUGCUCCGAGAUUUUCUUUACCGCAUUUUGUGAUCUCUGUGCAAUUCUAGACCUAAAUCUGUAUAUCACUAACACUAGUUGGUCAAGAAUGCCGCCGCGUUAGGUCCAUCCCUGCGUCAGGGAUUCGGUGGAGCUUGGGAUGAAUUGAGGGCGAGGUGAAGAUCGGUUGCGAUGGACGAUACCAUUGCCGACGCUGCGGGUGCGCUGGCUAUAGAGAAGCGGGUCAAUGGACAGCCCGCAUUGGCUGAUAGUAUGGAGGAGCAUGAGGAGCCACAUGAGGUGCAGGCCAAUGGUGACCAUUCCGGGGAGAGCGACGUGAUCAACCCGCCCGAAGAGGCGGGCGGGGAAGCCGAGGCCACCUCUCAUCUAGAUGGCAAGAAGCCUCGCCCUGCCAAGGGAACCCAAGGUCAUGGCCCUAAGGUUGUAAAAUCUAGGAGCCCGAAGAGUGGAGGUGAGGGUCAAGCUAGGAGAAGCACUCCUAGUUCCUCUAUUUCUAAAGCACCGAUUGCUCGAGUUUCUCAUGCAGAUUCAAGUACCGGAUCAAAGACCAAUGGUGACUCCAGUGUUGAUAAGAAUAGAACUGAGAAGAACGAGGCUCGCUCCGGUACCAAGGAGACAUCUCUCGAGGAUUCAAAGGAAAAAAGGAAAACACAAAAGCCAUUAGGUCAGAAUUCUUCUGUCAAAAAAGAUGAAGAGCAAAAUUCUGAAUCCCGAAAAGCUGCUGGCACUCCUGCCUAUGGUUUCUCUUUCAAGUGUGAUGAGAGAGCUGAAAAAAGGAAGGAGUUCUAUUCAAAGCUUGAGGAGAAGAUUCAUGCCAGAGAAUUGGAAAUAAACAAUUUGCAAGCAAAGUCAAAGGAGGCUGAAGAAGCUGAACUCAGAAUGCUUAGGAAGAGUUUGAACUUCAAGGCAACACCAAUGCCCAGCUUCUACCAGGAACCAACUCCUCCAAAGAUUGAGCUGAAAAAGAUUCCUCCCACAAGACCUAGAUCACCAAAGCUUGGUCGCUCCAAGAACAAAUCUGCAGGAGAGACCGAGGAAACUGUCACUCCCCCAGGACGUACAGCCCGUCUGAGCCUCGACGAAAAGGUCUCUCAAAAUGGUGUAAAGAAAGCAAACCCAUCAAAUGCAGCGAAGAAGCCCCAGAGGAAGUCACUCCCCAAACUGCCAUCAGAGGAAAGUGGUUCGCCUGAUCCAAGUCAUCUAAAGAACACUGAAUCAAACACAGAUAACAUUCAGGAACCAGGGUCACCGACAACGCAGCAACACGAAACCGAGUUGAACAUUGGAAUUUCCGAGUCGAUCCAAGACGGGAUUGCUCCGGUCGCUCAAGAACUCGACGAACAGAUAGCCGUCUAGCGAAGAGCAUGGUGAUCAGAUCCUUUGGUGUGUGAUGGAAGGUGUGCCUUCUUGGCUGCUUUUGAUCAGUAGAUCCAUAUUGUGGUUUGACUGUUUCAGUAGUAACUAGUUCCAUGUUUCUUUUUUGUGACGAACUUUACCUCUUCUUCCUGUCAUCCUGUGUAUUGUGUGUUUGUGUUGUCUCGAUGGUUUUGUUCAUAUGUCGCAAGUGAGGCUCCAGUUGUCCUUUGCAGUAAGUGUCCUGCUACACUAUUAUGUAUAAUCAGCCAGUGAGAAUUUUGUUGGUGUCC